CCGUCAAUGUACCGACGCCGGUUAGUGCUUCUGGCCAUGGGCCCCGGAUUCAGCCGGAUCUUCUUGCUGCUCUCAAUGCUCACAGCUGUCUCACCUAGGCCGGAUAAUAUCCGAAUAGUCGGGCUUUUUGACAGUGCUGAUACCGAAUCUGAGAGGCACAUGCGGCAUGCAACCGAUAAGUUAAACAACAACAAGACAAUCUUACCUCGCAUGAGACUAUCAGCCCACAUUGUCAGGAUACAACCAAAUGACAACUUUCACAUAGCCAAAAAAGUGUGCGGCCAAAUCGACGUCGGUACCUUGGCAAUAGUGGGUCCAUAUGUUCCGUCCAAACUUCCAGUGGUCCAAUCCACCAGCACUACUCUGAAUGUCCCCCACCUCAGCACAGCGCCCGCAACUAACAAACAGAGGAUGCGCGGUGAUUACAGCUUGUAUUUAUACCCACCAGACAGUGCCUUAAGUAGAGCCUACAGAGAUAUCAUCACGUCAAGAGGAUGGAAGUCCUUCACUAUCAUCUAUGAUGAUCCAAGAUCGUUGCCCCGCCUCCAACAUUUGAUCAUGAUGGGUAACGAAGGCGACAUCAAGAUCACCUUGAGUGUUCUGGAAAGGGGCCUUCAAUACCGGAAUUUGCUCAAAGAUGUCAGUAAGAAAGGAGAGACGAACGUCGUUCUGGAUGUGCCGGCGUCACACCUGUCUGAGAUAUUAACCAUGGCCCAAAGCUUUGGAAUGAUGACAGAAUACCACAACUAUUUUAUUACAUCUCUGGAUUUACAUACAGUAGAUCUUCAAGAUUUUCAACAUGGGCGAGCUAACAUCUCGGGUUUCCGCCUCGUGCAACCUUCCAAAACGUCGGGGAUUUUCAUCCCCAGAGAAUGGUUGCUGGGAGACAUUUAUUACGGUCGCCUAAAUAAGAGGUUGCCUCCCGUGAAGACACAAGUAGCGUUGCUUUAUGAUUCCAUUAGCCUCAUCAGCAGAGCCCUGCAAAAGAUGAACGAGUCGAUUCGCUUCGGUGUUCGAUCUUGCUCAAAAAUUCAGCCAUGGCCACAAGGUAGAACUGUACUCAACUACCUCAAAACUAUGACUUAUGAAGGAAUGUCUGGCUUCAUAAAAUUCGAUUCUAAAGGUUUCAGAUCAAGUUUCACUUUAGAUGUGCUGGAAUUAAAACGCAACGGACUUUCUAAGGUCGGAAUCUGGAAUUCUGUGAAUGGGUUGCAUUUUACUUGGAAUUAUUCCGUAGCCUACGCCGAAGUAAUACAGUCGCUCAAGAACAGGACGUUGAAAGUAACAACCAUACUAAAUCCUCCUUACAUGAUGAUCAAGAAGCCAGAAGAUCAAACAAAAGGCAGCAGCGAGCUAUACGAGGGAUUUUGCGUGGAUCUCUUGAAAGAAAUGUCACGCAUUCUGGGAUUUCGCUACGAGCUGAGGUUAGUGCGUGAUGGAUCAUAUGGAUCCAGGAACACCAGGGGAGAGUGGAACGGCAUGGUGCGGGAGCUUAUGGAUAGAGAAGCGGAUCUCGCAAUCGCAGAUUUCACCAUCACUUAUGAACGGGAACAAGUCGUGGAUUUCACGAUGCCUUUUAUGAAUCUAGGCAUAAGCAUCUUGUUCCGUAGACCUCUUCGUAAAAUUCCUAAGCUCUUUUGGUUCCUUCGGCCUCUCAGCCUGGAAGUUUGGAUGUACGUGGCUGCAGCUUACAUGAGUGUGAGUUUGCUCCUAUACGGUGUAUCAAGAUUCAGUCCAUAUGAAUGGGGCCCUCCCCAUCCGUGCGAAGGUAUAACAGUCCACGCUUGCAGGAACUGCUUUUCGAUACAAAACAGUUUAUGGUUUACAGUGGGUUCACUAAUGAGACAAAGUUCAGAAUUAACACCAAGAGCUGCUUCGACUCGAGUAGUGGCGGCCACCUGGUGGUUUUUCACCUUAAUUAUGAUAUCUUCCUACACGGCUAAUUUGGCUGCUUUUCUAACUGUGGAAAGGAUGAAAUCCCCAAUAGAAAAUGCUGAUGAUCUUGCUAAGCAAACCGAAAUAUCUUAUGGUUGCGUUGAAUCAGGUUCGACCAAAGCAUUUUUUCAAAUUUCCGAAAUACCAGUUUACAAAAAGAUGUGGAAAUAUAUGGAGUCAGCACGGCCCUCUGUUUUUACAAAAUCCAAUAGCGAAGGAAAGCAGCGGGUUUUACAAGGAGGAUAUGCUUUUCUUAUGGAAUCAACGUCGAUUGAAUACGAAGUUCAGAGAAAUUGUGAGCUGGUGCAGAUUGGAGGCCUUUUGGAUACAAAAGGAUAUGGCAUUGCUACCCCUCAAGGCUCUCCCUACACCACGCCCUUCUCCAGCGUUAUUCUGAGGCUACAAGAAGACGGUGUCUUGCAUGAACUAAAAGAAAGAUGGUGGACACCGGAAGGUGAAACCUGUCCUCCAGAAGAGAAGAAAGUGGGGAAAAUCACGAGCGAACUCAGUUUUGUGAAUGUUGGGGGAAUAUUUCUGGUGCUUCUUGCUGGAACUGGAGGUGCAUGUGUCUUGGUGGUGAUCGAAUUUAUAACUAAAAGCAGGCACCGCAGAAAAAGACGGCGAAGGUAGCAAUGCAGAAAGUGUUCCUGGGAAUAAAUAAACGAAAGCGGGCUGACCAAAAGAUUCUCUGCAUAUUAAAGGCAAUUUUAAUGCCUGACCAGUGGUGCGGAAAGUUAUCAGAAUUUUCAACAAACUUCCAAAUUUCGCAUAUUUUUAUGAAUAUAACUUGGUGUCAGAUAACAUUGACGUAAAAACAGUUCCUUUGCGAUAUGAUGAUGCUCGUUGCGUAUGUGCUCCUGCUCUCCUGACGAUUGCUCUAACCUGGAAUAUUGCACUUGGCAUCAAAUAUCGAUGCUCUGAAUGGAAUUAUUGAAACUAAUAUGCAUAUUUCUCCAAAAUGUCAAUGUAAAAGUAAGUGUAUUCCAUUUUACAAACUUAUGUGUGUAUGUGUUGAAGUAAGCUGUUUCUUAUAUGCUAAUGUGGUACAGAUAAUGCACUUUCGAGAUGUUGCAGGAAACAAUUUUUCUGAACCAUAGUGGCAAACUUAUGGCAAUACCGUACACACCCGCUUAUAAAUAAAUUCCAGUUGCUUUCCCAAAUGAAAAAAAAAAUAACCAUAAAAUAUUAAAUAAAACUACUACUUGUUCUUUGUUUUUUAAUUGAAUGAUGAGAAUUGUGCAAACUAAAUUUCCAGUAAACAACAUAAAAAAAUAUCAGAAAAAAUAGUCCUUCAUAAAAAUGUUACAUUCCAAUUUAGCAGGUAAGCUAUUUUGGUACUCUUUUAAAGCCAUUGUUGCAUGGCAAAGCAA